CAAUAACUGAUUUAACCACAACAACAACUGAUCCAACCACAACAACAACUGAUCCAACCACAACAAUAACUGAUUUAAUCACAACAACAACUGAUCCAACCACAACAAUAACUGAUUUAACCACAACAACAACUGAUCCAACCACAACAACAACUGAUCCAACCACAACAAUAACUGAUUUCACCACAACGACACCUACAUCCACAACAACAGAUUUAACUACAACAACUGAGUCAACAAUUAUGUCACCAACAACGACUGAUUUAACCACAACAACUGAUUCAACCACAAUGACCACAUCUGAACUUACUACAACAACAAUAGCCACUACUACACAAACAACAACCACAUUUCCAAUGACAACCACUGCAACAAAAACAACAACUUUGGCAUUGAGUAAAAUACCUCUUCAGUUUUCGCUUCAAGUUGAUGGUCCAGCACCAUCUUGUACUGAGGGUGAAUAUCUACCAAGGUUUCUCCACCCAACUCCACAUCAUGGAGAACAACUGAAUGCUCGUGUAAAUCAAGGGCUUGAGAUCAGAGUGAAAGCAUCUGCAUCUUUUUCAAGAAUCAUUGAUGUCAUCAUUAGUGGACCUCUAAACAGCACAAAGUACAAAACCACCACUGGGGAAUAUGUGAUCAACUGGACACCAACUGCAGAAAACUAUGGCCAACAUUUUCCAUUUUGCUUCAUCGCAGAAGGACAACAUGGAUCUAAUAUUUACCACUCUGAGAUGAGGUGCGUUGUUGCAAAGGUGAAUGGUAAAGGACCUGAGGCAAAUGUAACCUGCUCUCAAAACUCAAUGUCAGUGACAAUUAAGAGAUCCUCCAUCAAAAACCUCCAUGGUGACCACUUGAGACUGAUAAAUCCGUCUUGUCGGGUUUACACUAACAGUACCCACCUGUUCACCAACACACUUCUAAAUGACUGUGGCACCAAGAUUGAGGAGAACAAUGAUGAACUCAUCUUCAAGAAUAAAAUCAUUACAGUUGAUGAUCCCAGGGACAUUAUAACCAGAAAGGAUAACCUAGAAAUUGAAAUCCAGUGCAAGUACCAGAAAAGAAGCAAUAUUACUCUGGAGUUCGAUACUCACAGACCACCAAUCAGUAUCUCAGAAAAAGGUUUUGGCACAUUCAACUAUCAGUUUGAGUUUUUUGCUUCAGCAAAUUUCCAGAACAGCAGGCAUCCAGAAUCUUACCCACUUGAGUAUGAUGUGGGCGACAAGAUCUUCAUGAAGAUUGAGCCCGUCACUCCAGUCCUAAACACAGAGAUCUUCCUCGAGUCAUGUAUGGCUAUUCCUUACGAUAAUCCCAAUUACCCAGUCUCCUAUCCCAUCAUCAAGAAUGGAUGCAUUGUGGAUGAAACAGUUAAAUUUUUCUCAAGUCACCAACCAUAUAUCCAGUUUGAAAUGGAGGCUUUCAAAUUUAUUGGGUUCCAUGACCAGGUGUUCAUCAGCUGCUCAAUCAUCAUAUGCCAGGCCAACAAUCCCAACACCCGCUGCGCUCAGGGCUGCGUCAACAGCACAGUCGCCCCACCGCCCCACCACCAGCACAAAAGAGAGGCUCCCAUCCAGACCGGCAGUCACUUCAUCUCCCAGGGUCCCCUGCGGCUGAAGAGGAGCGCAUCUCAGGUCGCCGUAAGCCCUGGUCUAAAUCUAAACCUUGUUGUCAUCGCUGUUUGUCUUGUGGCAACAGUAGCCAUGGUGUGUGGAGUGAUCGUCAGCAGAGCCAGAGAGAAAAAGAUCAGAUACAAACCUGUGUCAUCACACGACUUUUAGUUAUGUCAGAUCUGUUUAUUUUUUAUUUUCAAAGCAUAACGCUGUAUUUGCCUUUGAAAACAGAAUUAGCAGAUUGUUUGGUGUGCUUUCAAACAGCUCUGAUGAUGGGAGUCUCUGGUCAAAGUGUGUUUUUCUUUCUUUUUGUACCCAUUUUUAGUAAUGUGAGUUUAAAACAGAUUGGGAAUAUAUCAGCAGUCAAACUUUAGUUUGGGGCUCAAUUUUCACCAUUAACUGACCACUAACUAUGAAUUUAAUAAGUUUCUAAUUCAAUACGCUUCUAAUUUGCUGCUUAUUAAUAAUUAGUAAUUAGUUGUUAAGUUUAGGUAGGUAGGGAUAGGGGAUUUAAAAUACUGUCAUGCAUAAUAUGUGCUUUAAAGGUACAAAAAAAAAAAACAAUAUGCUAGUAAUAUGCAUGCUAAUAAGCAUCUAGUGUAUAGUUGUAAUUGGUCCCGCUACUAAAGUGUGACCAUAUCAGAUUAAACUACAAUUUAUUUAGUAACAGAAAUCAGUCAUCAAUUUACAACCAAUACAAUCACUUAUUUUGUGUAAUUACUAAACAAAAACUGCACAAAAAUCUCUGUGAGAUAGUUUUUUUAUAUAUUAAGAUGUUUUUGCAAUUUUAUAUGUUGAAACUUUUUUUCUAUGUGUUUUGUUGGUAUUAUUCUUCAUGAAAAAAUAACUGGAAGCAUGCCUCAUUUCUUUUAAAUGAGUGUUAUUUUAUACUUUCUGCAUUAAACAUUUUGAUUCAUCAUUGCUACAAUUGUUG